AUUACUUUUCACGGUAAAAUGAUAAACUAGUCAACAUAGUCCGCAUUACUUUUUUUGUUGAGAUAUAUACCCCCACAACGGUCGUCUCCUCCUUAAUUUAUUGUGUAUAAACCCCCACAACGGUCAUCUCCUCCUUAUUUUAUUGUGUAAACCCCUACAACGGUCAUCUCUCCCUUAUAAACACCCACACGGCCAUCCCUUGUGUCAAUAGGUUCUGCCUCUCUCUUCUUCGUUCACAUACACUUUAUCCAUUGCCAUGGCUUCCACGUCUCGGACGCGGACCGGAAGGGGAAGGGGAAGGGGAAGGGGAAGGGGAAGGGGAAGGGGAAGUGGAUCAUCAUCAUUGCCACCACCACCGUCAACACUGCCAUUGAUCAUAGAGGAGUUCUUCAUCGUCGUCUAUGAAGACCCUUUGGUCAAGAAGGAACUCCCAAAAAAAUUUGCGGACUAUCUUGACGGCAAGGAGCCAGCUAAGGUGUAUCUGCGAGCAGCUGACUGCGGUCCUCGUCUCUGGACCGUGGAGGUCCUAUUUGACGGACAAGGCCGGAUGUACCUCGACAAGGGCUGGGAGAAAUUCGCCAUCGCGCACGGUGUGGAUUUCGGCUGGUUCGUACACUUCAAAUAUGAAGGCGAUGAUGUGCUCACAGUGAAGGUGUUCGACGGAACAAUGUGCAGGAGGUACUACUACUCAGACGACGAAGAUACUGAUGAUGAAAGCGACGACGACGUGAAGCCAUGCAUCCAUCCCCUUUAGAUAAUUAAGGGGAUCAUGACCAAGAAUAUAUAUGUAGCUUCAUAUGCAUCGAUUUAGAGAUCUAGCUAUUUUCUAUAUAUUAUGCAUGUAAAAAAUAAUAUCGCAUUUCCACUAUUA